CAUCUAAAAUAGAGCCCAUACACUGACACAUUUAUUUUGUAAAGUUAAGUUGUCAAAUUAAACAUUGUGAAGAAACAUUUUCAGAAUUUUUCCACAUUUAAUUUCAAAAUCAAACCAUGGCUGCUGUAGUAACUUCAUGGACUCCCGAUAAAAAGCACACUGAUCUUCAAAGAUGGAUUUGUAUUUAUCCAGCCUACUUGAACAGUAAAAAAACUCUUGCUGAAGGCCGAAAGUUGCCUAGAGAUAUAUGUGUGGAAAAUCCUACACAUCAAGAAAUAAGGGAUGUGCUUUUCACAACUGGACUUCGUAUAGGCGUUGAAAAUAAAUUGUACCCACGUGAACGUAGUAAGGAAAUGCUGUACAGAGGAAGGAUUCGUGUUGAAUUAAAAAAUGAUGAUGGUACACCAAUAAAAGAUGAGUAUCCUACAAGAGAGGCAGUUAUGAGGCACAUUGUUGAAUCAAUACCGAAAUUGAAGACUCGUCAAAAUAGGCCUGCGGAACAGCAACCUCAGGCAGUUCAGCAAAGUAGCAAUAAGAGCAAGGGAAAGAAAGGAAGACGAUAAUCUUUUAUGUGCAAUUUUAUUUUACAAGUAAAUAAACAUAAUUUCUA